CCCAGAGCAGCUUCUCGCACCUGGGUGCCCCAAGAGAGAGGGUUAUUGGGGGCCUUGACUGGCAGUGGACAGGAUCAGCGCGGGGGUCUUUAUCAACAACCUGAGAGGAGCAGAGCCGCAGCGGGAAUGGCAGCCCCUCGCCGUCUCAAGCCCCUGCACCACGUGGCGGUGAGCGGGGGCACCCACGGCAACGAGAUGUCGGGCGUCUACCUGGUCAAGCACUGGCUGCGGACCGGCAGCUUUGCCGCCACCCCUUUCCUGAGCAACCUGCGUGCCGUUGAGAAGUGUGUGCGCUACGUGGGGCGGGACCUGAACCGCACCUUCACCGCCGAGUUCCUCAGCUCCGCGGAGACAGAGGAUGAGCCCUACGAGGUGGGCCGGGCCCGUGAGAUCAACCAGACCUAUGGCCCCAAGGGCUCUGCCCAGGCCUUUGACUUCAUGUUUGACCUGCACAACACCACGGCCAACAUGGGCACCUGCCUCAUCAUGGACUCCGAGGAGAGCCUGCUGCCCAUGCACAUGUGCCACUACAUCCAGACUCACUACACACAGAGCUCCUGCCCCAUCUACCUCUACAAAUUGCCAGGCGAGGAGAGUUACUCCAUCGACUCUGUGGCCAAGACCGGGCUAGCACUGGAACUGGGACCGCAGCCUCAGGGAGUGUUGAAAGCCAACCUGUUCGCUGAGAUGAGAGCCCUCAUGGCCUGCGCACUGGACUUCAUCGAACUCUUUAACACCGGUACAGUGUUCCCGGCCUUUAAGACUGAAGCCUACAAGAUCACUGGGCGCGUGGACUAUCCCCGCUACCCCGACGGGGAGAUCUCAGCCAUGGUGCACCCCAAGCUGCAGGAUAAGGAUUUCUUCCCCUUGAAUCCCGAGGACCCGAUCUUCCAGCCCUUCAGCGGGGAGGAGAUCCUGUACGAGGGCGACUCCACCAUCUACCCGGCCUUCAUCAACGAGGCCGCCUACUAUGAGAAGAAGGUGGCCUUUGUCAAGAUGGAGAAGCGCACGUUCUCCAUCCCCGGCCUGCAGCGAGAAUGAGCCCGGGGCUAGGCAGGCCAUGGGCCGAGCGGGAAUAAACAGAGAUGGAACGGAUCAGAGCGCGUGUGCCAUGCGGGAUGGGCGUUACCAGGAAGGCAUCGCCCUUGUGCUGCGAUGGACAGGCGGGGCUGGGCAUUGAGGCAGGGCCAAAGGUGGGGGUGGGAGGCGUCAUUAGCCCCCUCGGGUGUCUCACAGCCAAGCCCAGAACUGGGCGAUGAUGGAGGCCAGUUUCAGCCUGCUAGGGGGAAGCAGAAGAGGCUGAGGGUGGCGUGGGAUGUCUCUGUCGCAAGGAGGAGGACUUAGCUUCCAGCUCCCCCCGGUAGCGAGAUCUAGGCUUUUG